GCCCCGCUGCGGGAGGAAGCGGCCGGGGCCGCCGCGUGUCCCCGCUCCAGCGCUUCGCAGCUCUUUCACGGCUUUGGCCCCGCGGGCCGGAGCUGGCCCGAGGGUUUCGAGAGCGUCCUCCGGCGUCCUUUUCCCAGGAAAACGGAAAAAUCUUCAAACAGGACACGAUGAUGAAGCAGUUCAUGGCCAUGUUAAAGAGGAAUGAAAAUAAGCGUCACCCACCCACCAGGCUGUUGAAUCUAGCAGAACGGCUUUGCCAGGAGCUCCAGAGCUCGUCUCCUAGUCUGGAGAAGCUGGUUGAAGCCGUGAUGGGAUGCAAGAACAAGAGAUACUUUCUCGCUAACAUCCACGUUGUCCGGGCUUGUGUGUCUGUUCAUAUCCAUAAAGGGCAACAUGAUGCAGCCUGCAGACUCCUGGAGUAUUGCAAGGCAGAAGAGAAGGAAGAACUGGUGCAACUUUGGCAUGAGAUUCACUACAGGAGAGUUAUGAAGAAACACCAGACAGAUUUUCUGACACCACUGCAGAAAUUCCGUUGCAGGAAGAGGAAUCCUCCACCUAUUUCCCUUUGUCCUGGAGGUUUGAAGAAUCGAAACUAUUCGGAAGAAGUACGCCAGCACCUGCACAGGUUUGCUGCAGAGGUGACAGCAAAUCCAGACAAGAAACAGCGGGAGGAAUUGGCUCGGGACAUGAACCUGCAGCCAACUCAGGUCUAUAAUUGGUUUGCAAAUUAUCGACGACGUCAAAAAUCUCGCCUCCUUCAUAUGGAAGAGCUCAACAAUUCCUGUCCUGAGAGGCCUUUGGCUUCCCACACAAACGAGCCACAGGAUAAAGGAUCCCACACUCCACAAACUGCAGAUGGAUCUGGCGUGGGCAUCAGCCCUGAGCAAGUGGAGUUAACCCUCGUGCCCUGUGAGCCAGGAUGGGAGCAGCCAGCUGCACCUCUGUACAAUCCUCCUGGAGGAACGUAUUUAAAGAUGCUGGAAUCCAGCUGUAUGCAGAGCCCUGAGCUGUACGAAGCUGGAACAAGCAUGGCUUUGUUCACCACUGGCAGUGCCGAACAGCCUCUACCUUUUGGCACGGAGGCCGUGAUGGAGCCAGGACCCUGCUUUGGCUCUCCUGUGCUGCUGCCUGGAGAAGCAGUGAGCAGGGCUGCUGCCAGCUCCUGGCAGGGGAGCUUUGCCCUGUGCUCUUACGAGUCCCUUCCCUCUGUGAAUUAUUGGCUGCCCGUGUGGCGGGCCCCUUAUAGCACCGGAGGAGAGUCUGGCUCCAUGUGGACCCCAGGUGCAGAAGUUCCUCUCAGACUGUGUUUGGCAAGCCUCAGUGCCCACCUGUUUCUGCACCCUGUGUGGAAGAAAGCCAAGCCUUGGGACAAGGCCAGGUCCUGGAGGAUCCAGUUGUUGACUCCCUAACCAACGACACGUUCCAGGCAGCACGCCUGCUCUAUGAAUUUUCUGCCAGUGGACAGAUGUGACCUGCCUGCAGAUAGACUCCAUGUAUCUGCACUUCCCCGGGAAAUACCCCAUUGCUUCCUUUUUUUUAAUGGAAGAGGAAUCUGAUCGGGAGAUGAAUAGAAUGAGGGGGAAGGAUGGAGGUGUUUCCAAUGGUUACAGAGUUUGGUUUAGUUACAGUUUUAUUAAGAAUUUUGCAAAGGAUAGAAGAAAGCAAAGGUGCACUGUGGACUGUAGGUUUUUCCUGGAGUGGUCUGAAGCUGUACUGUAGAUGUUAAAAUUAUCAAGGCACCGGUUCUGUGGCAAUCACAGCACUGGACACAUCUGAGUCCUUGGUUGCAUCAUGAAGGUAAAACGAAGCUUCUGUGUUCAAGGGAGUAAAAUUUGGUUAUGUUGCCUUGCAGUGGAUAUUGGAUAACUUUUUCUCAGGAUUGGAAAAUAAGUCUCAGCUAAUUGCUGGUAAAAUAGUGCUAUUUCUUAUCCCUGCUUUGCUGUUGUACUGCGGGGUGUAACUUCUGGAGCGUUCCAUACUCUACUGUAGUGCCACAGGUGACACAAACCGGAGCACAGCAGAAUUCUCAGCGCUAGGGCAUGCCAUUGUUUUGGUGUUUAAUGCAAGAAGUAGCAAGGCAGGCCCUUCGUGCAAGUUUAAAACUAAUCCUGCAGGUUAUAGGGUGGGGUUUGGGGUAUUUUCCUGAAGUGUUAAUGUUUUUUUAAAAAAAUGUAUUGCAAAAUGGAUCCCCUUUGCCAAACCUCCAGCCCUGAGAUACAGGGAGAAGAUGCCUCCUUUAA